AGAGAGAGACAACCGACUGCGGGAUGGAACUCAGCCGACUGCUAUGUAUGAGGAGAAUGCGAACGUCACGACAUAAAUACGAUAUGCACAUACAUCCCAUCUACUACUGUAUAGCAGGCUGAUCUCGCCUUCCGACUUUCCGCACUGAUUCUGCCUGAUCACCUCGGACAGGUACUUAACGAGCCACAUCCAGCGACCUGGUUACGGACUCCCCACGUUUCGUAUCGCCAUCUCGCCAUGCGUCUCCUACUGCAGCUUGUGUUCCUCGCCUCCGCCGCGGCGCACACCACACUGCCAGAAUGCCUCCUCGCCGCCUCAGUGCCAGUCCUCACGCCCUCCUCCUCCUCCCCCGCCUCCGCCGGCAACUUCACCACCGCAAUCCUCCCGUUCAACCUGCGCCUCCCCUACGUGCCCGUGGCGCUCGCGGUCCCCACCACAGUCUUGCAAGUCUCGGCGGCCGUCGUCUGCGCAGGCCACUACGGCGCAAAAGUUGCCGCGCGCUCUGGCGGCCAUAGUUAUGCUGCGUUUGGACUGGGUGGACAAAAUGGCUCGCUGGUUGUCGAUAUGAAACGCUUUCGGACGCUGGAGGUGGAUGCGGAGACCCAGGUGGCGACUGUUGGGGCGGGGAGGAGGUUGGGCGAUAUUGCGACGUAUUUGUUUGAGAGUGCAGGGAGGGCAUUGCCUCAUGGGUUGUGUCCUGGGGUUGGUAUUUCUGGCCAUGCCCUCCACGGCGGCUUCGGCUUCACCAGUCGGAUGUGGGGGACAACACUGGACACGAUCCUGUCGCUAGACGUAGUCCUUGCGAACGGAACCUUCCGGCGCGUCUCCUCCACGCAGCACGCGGACCUAUUCUGGGCGUUGCGCGGGGCAGGCUCCUCCUUCGGCCUCGUCACGUCCUUCCGCUUCCGCACCUUCGCGGCGCCCGUCAACGGCGUGGUAUACAACUACACCUUCCCUUCCUCCACCUCCCCGGGCGCACAAGCGGCCAUCUUUGCCGCCACCCAGGGCUUCGCCCACUCCGCGCCGUCGAACCUCGCCGUGCGCCUGUUCCUGCGCACUCCCGCUAUUGAGCUCGGGCCGCAAUUCUUCGUCUCUGGCGUGUUCUGGGGGUCCCGCGCAGGGUUCGACAGCACCAUCGCGCCGCUGCUCGCCGCGUGGCCGGCAGAUACCGUGCACGGCGUCCAGGAGCUGCCGUACCUCGACGCGCUGGUGUCGUUUAAUAACGGCGGGCAGCUGCCGCAGCCGAAGGAGUACACUGAGCACGGCACGUUUUUUGCAAAGAGCGUGGUAACGCCGGAAGCGCUGGGGAAUGCGAGUCUGGCGAGCUUCUUCGGCUUCGUCGCGGAUGCUACCGAUGCGCCGGUGCCGUGGUGGGUCAUCGCCGACUUAUACGGUGGCGCGAACUCGCGGAUCAGUAACGGGGACGCGGAGGGCGCCAGCUACGCGGGCAGAACCGCGUUCUUCACGCUGCAGCUGUACUCCAUCUCGGAUGUGGCGCAGACGGGGCCGUAUCCCGCUGAGGGCAUCGAGUUUAUGGACGCGCUGUCAAGGAGUAUUACAGAGCCCCAGGGCGAGACACAGUUUAUGGCCUACCCGAAUUAUGUCGAUCCCACGUACAGCGCGGAGGUGGCGCAUGGGUUGUAUUAUGGUGAGAAGUAUGAGAGGCUCCUGAGCAUUAAGAGGAGGGUUGAUCCUGAGAUGCGGUUUUGGAAUCCGCAGGCUAUUGGGGUUGAGUAGGGGAUGUAUAUUGGCGAUGUAUGUUGUCGAAUGAGUUAUGAGUGUAUGUACUGGCCGUGGACAAUCUCUAGAGACCCGAGUGGCAGACACAAGUACCUGUAAAUAGCUAUGAUAUCGGGUGAUGAGCCAUGUUCGAUCCCACAGUUCUGUAGCUGUAUACCGUAGGUGGGUAAUGGGUACAUCAAUCCACCUCCACCACCGCCACCCAAGAGUAGAGUCCUGACA